AUGCAGAAAUCUUUUCUCACCUGUGGCAGUGGAAGAACAGCUAGAAUGUCAAUUAAAAAGUACGAUGAUAAAUAUCUCUUUGCUAUUGCCCAAGCAUCUUCCACUAAAACACCUCUUCCAAAUACUCGCGAAGAAGGAGCAAUAAAGCGGAGAUGUUGGUACGUAUGUCACAUAGAGGCGCUUGUGGUUGAGACAAAUACUGGUGAUGGAGCUGGUAUUCUCGUAGCUCUUCCUCAUGACUUCUAUAAGGAGGUUGCUAAGGAUAUUGGUUUCGAGCUGGCACCACGUUGA